AUGUCUCCCUCCGAUAUUCCUGGCACCAACGGUGCCGAACACAAAACCCCCGACGCUGCAAGACCCCAAACGCCAAACCCCGACCCCUAUGAGUGGUUUGUCGGUGCUAUCGACCAGGGCACAACUUCUACACGUUUCAUCAUCUUCAGCAGUCAGGCCGACAUCAUCGCAAGCCAUCAGAUCGAGUUUGAGAACUUGUAUCCAGAGUCAGGAUGGCACGAACAUGAUCCUUACGAGCUUGUCAAGACUGUUGAGGACUGUAUUGAGGAGGCCACAAAACAAUUUACCCAGCAGGGCUACGAGGCAUCCCAGAUAAAAGCCAUUGGGCUUACAAACCAGCGAGAGACCAUCCUCGUCUGGGACAAGCGGACAGGAGAGACUCUUUGCAAUGCUGUCGUCUGGCCUGACACACGAACCAAGGACCUUGUCCGGGGCCUCAAGUGCAAGAAGGGCGCCGAGAAGAUUCUCGAGCUUACCGGUCUUCCCCUCAGCACAUAUCCGUCGGCUGUGAAGCUGAUGUGGCUCCUCGAACACAACGAGGAGGUCAGAAAAGUGUACGACGAAGGCGAGUUGGCAUUCGGCACAGUAGACUCGUGGCUGGUCUACAGACUGAAUGGAGGUGCCAAGAACAACGUCCACGUCACCGACAGUACCAACGCUAGCCGAACCAUGUUCAUGAACAUUCGGUCGCGAAAGUACGACGAAGAGCUUUUGAACUUCUUCGAUAUUGAUACUUCAAAGGUUACUCUGCCCGAGAUCGUGCCGUCUUCGUGCCCCAAAAUGUACGGCAAGGUCGAUUCCGGCGCUCUCGCAGGCGUCAAGAUCUGCGGUGUUUUGGGAGACCAGUCUUCUGCUCUUGUCGGCCAGUGCUGUUUCGAGCCGGGCCAAGCCAAAAACACGUACGGUACAGGAUGUUUCUUGCUGUACAACGUCGGCCAUGAGCCUGUCAUCUCGAAAUACGGUCUUCUGUCCACCGUUGCUUACGACUUUGGCGACAAUGGAAAGCCUGUCUACGCCCUUGAAGGUAGCGUUGCUGUCGGUGGCUCUGGUGUCAAGUUCCUCAUGCACAACCUUGGUUUCGAGCGCGACUCGAAGAGAGUGAGCGAGCUUGCCGAGAGUGUCGAGAACAACGGCGGUGUAGUCUUCGUCACUGCCUUCAGUGGUCUCUUCGCUCCUUACUGGAUCGAUGAUGCCAAAGGUACUCUUUUCGGAAUUACCCAGCACACCAAGAAGGGUCAUAUCGCUCGUGCCACUCUCGAGGCAACGUGCUUCCAGACCCGCGCCAUUCUCGACGCUAUGGAGAAGGAUUCCGGUCACAGACUCGACAAGCUCGCCGUCGAUGGUGGCAUGUCCAAUAGCGACCUGACCAUGCAAACACAAGCCGAUCUGUCUGGCAUUCGCGUGGAGCGACCUGCCAUGCGUGAGACCACGGCCCUCGGUGCUGCCAUCGCUGCAGCCAUUGCCCACCGGGAAUGCACAUGGAAGGACGUGAAGCAGGUCCAGGAGAUCAUGAAGUCCAAGCAGGGCCGCCGCGAGUUCAUUCCUGAGAUGGAGAAGAGGAAGGUCGCCAAGAUGUACGGCAAGUGGGAACGAGCCGUCGAAAUGAGCAGAGGAUGGGUCGUUGAUGAGAGCGAAGAUGAAGACGAAUUUUAA